CGGUCUCCUCUCCAGCCCUGCCAGAGCCAAUCCGCGGCUGGGCGUAAGUAGGGCAAGCCGCUUCCUGGUUCUCAGAAAGAAGGAGCAGGGAGUCAGAGUGGGCCAGCGGAGGCAGCAGACAGGGGGUCAGUGCAGUCAAGAGAGCCGGUGUGCAGAAAAGGUGGAGCGGAAAAAAAACGCCGACGCACGACUUGAGGAGAAAAUUAAAACGUCCCCUGCGCGGAGCUGAGGACGACAAGAGUGGCGACCCCACCACCACCACCCCCUGUGUGGAAGAAACACUCGAGCUGGGAGAGUAAAAGAAGAAGUAUAAGAAGUUGUCAGGGUGGGACGGAAUAAUCCAGGAAGUGUUGAGCCCAGUCAGGUGGGAGGCGACCGGUCUGAACAGGUGACACACCGGCGCUCAGGUGUAUAACCUCUGCUGACAUCUGAACACAAGAGGAAGGGGGGUGCCGGAGGCAGAGGAAAGCAGGCAAACAUCUUCUCCAGAGUUUAUGGACUGGAGGUGGCGAUGUCUCCAGGAGAGGACGGUCUGAUUGGGAUCCCCUUCCCGGAGCACAGCAGUGAGAUCUUGGCCCACCUGAAUGACCAAAGGAGGGCAGGGCUCUUGUGUGACCUCACCCUGACAUCUCGUGGGGCACGCUACCAAACUCAUCGCUCCGUCAUGGCGGCUGUCAGUCUCUACUUUCGCCGGUUGUUUGGGGCAGAGGAGGGCGGCGGCGAGGGUGGAGGAGGUUUCAGCGUGUGCCAGCUGGACUGUGUGGCACCAGACGCCCUGGACGCCCUGCUUGAGUUCGCCUACACUGCCACGCUGACCAUCCCUAGCUCAGGGAUGAGAGAUGUGCUCCGAGGGGCUCAGCUUCUGGGCAUUCAGUGUGUGGCUGACGCAUGCAGAGACAUCUUGGGGGAGAAGGCCGAGGCCGAAGGCGAGACAGCAGAGGAGCAAAGGUCACAACACAUAGCUACAGAGAAUAUGGUGCAAGAACAGAGCAGGGUAGAUAAAGGAUCGCGAAGAAAAACAGACAGAAAGAAGGUGAAAAACAUGAUACCAAUCUACAUCAACUCAUCGUUUUCGAACCCAUCACCUGCUUCGCCCAUUUCCCACCCAUCCCCCGCAUCAGACAGCAUCCGUUCCCAGCCGUUCACCCUGCCUCCAAGCCCAAAACAGGAGGAGCUUGACCAGAAAAUAGUCCAGAAUGGAGGUUCCAGGAUGAUCAGAGAGCCGGGAAGAGGGGCCUCACUUAACGGAGGACUCUUUCACUGGCUGCAUGAGCGUCCCCUUGUAGCCCACCCAUCUCCUGUUUCAUCUUUGAAUGACAAGCUGUCAGAGGACGACGACGUUGAGGGCUGUGGCGAUGAUGCAAUGCUGAUUGGAAGUACCUCCAUACCUACCUCUGCAUCUGAUCGGGGAGCAGCUGCAACCGCGGCAGGAGGAGGGAGGAAGAGGAAGUCUCAGACGCCCCAGCAGUGCCCCGUUUGUCAGAAGAUCAUCCAUGGGGCAGGAAAACUGCCCCGACACAUGAGGACCCACACUGGAGAGAAGCCCUUCCAGUGCUCUGCCUGUGGAGUCCGCUUUACCCGGAAUGACAAGUUGAAAAUCCACAUGAGGAAACACACAGGUGAGCGCCCCUACCCCUGCCCAAGCUGCCCUGCCCGGUUCCUCCACUCAUAUGACCUCAAAAACCACCUGUCCCUGCACAGCGGGGCAAGGCCCUUUGAGUGCCCGCUCUGCCACAAGGCUUUUGCCCGAGAGGACCAUCUUCAGCGUCAUCGCAAGGGACACAGCUGCCUAGAGCCGCCCACACGCCGGCCCAAACGCAAGCCUGAUGCCUUUGAGGAUGGUAGUAUGAACGGAGAUGGGAGGGAGCAGUCCAGGCAACUUGAGGCUGUGUCCUUACAGGCCCACUCCUCAGCGUUCCUUCCUCGCGUGUUGCUGGAUGGUGGGAGUGGGUCUGGCACUGGCCCUCCGCUGAUGUUUCCAAGUGACAUUGAGAGGCGGUCUUUCGCCCUUCAGACUUUGGCUCAAUUCGAACCUCGCAGACUGGCUAGCUACCCACAGCUCUUCCUGCGAGGUCUUGACCUGCGGGAGGGCAGAGAGGCGGAGGAAGAAGAUCCAGGAGAAACCCACUCACCCGCUUCGCAGCGUGAUCGAUGGGCAGAUGAAGUGGAGGAGGAAAUUGGAGAAGAUGAAGUGGAGGAAGAGGAAUAGUGAGAAGAGUGUGUGUGUGUGCGUAGACAUGUGUGUGACUGUGUGGUAAAGUAUCCACAAUAAAAAAAAAAAUCUAACUCAGGUGGCUGGACUAAUCCUGCUGCUCCCAUAUAGAGAGCGCUUACAAAAGAAACUAGUAAAUGAAUUUAAAAGAAAAAAAAUGGAAACGGGUUUUCUGAGAUAUCUUAAACUUUUGACUCCUGGCUUUAGUUCUUUUGUCUUCUUCAUUUUAUUUCUCCUUUGCUGUAUAUUUUUUCAUGUAUUACAUGUUUGCGCUGUGUGAUUUGAUUUUCUAGCUUGAGAUGUGUGUGUUGAGUGUGUGUGUGGUGCCUGGGAUGCUUUACACUAUGCAAAUCAAAAUCCAGAGCUGCAAUAUAAAGGGAUAUUUGAAAAUGUAUAUUUUAGUUACAAUAAAUAUGUAUAGAUUCAGGUGCAAUUCAGAAGUAAUAUCACCUAGAUCACAAGAAUGAGUGUGCAUGCACUGACCUCUGGUGGUUAUCAGUGGAAGUGCAAUCUAAUUAAUCAAACUUAUUAUGUACAUGGUAGGCAAUGUUGUUUUUUGUUUUUUUUCUGUCAGUGGUGGAAACUUUGCUUUAAUUUGGUGCUUUAACCAAAGAAUAUAAUGAAUCUGUUGUCUUACAUCUUAGGUUAUAUGAGGAGAGAGGAGAAUUGUAGCCAAUGUUGGGGUUGAAAAGAAGUUUCUCCCCAACUGUUUUGAAAGCCAUGAGAAAUGAUCUUUGUUUCAGAGCUGGUGGAGCUCUGUGUUAAAUGCCUGACCAAAAGAGACAAAGUCUGGGUCAAUGAGUUGAUGCUGGUUAUGUUCAAGACUAUUCCUAUUUUCCCUUAAGACUAGAUGUUAGUCUUCCAAUGCACUCUUUUGGGUUUGUUGUUUAAAAAAGAAAAAUAGAAAAGGUGCAAGGCGAGGGGAUGAAUGAAAUAGUUUGCCCUUUGUUUUCUGAACUUAUUUAUUUAUUGUUAUUUAUUGCAACUGUUCUGCUUAAAUUCCUUACUGAGACCAAUUCCAGGGUGGGACACAGUCCACUCCUCAACUAAGUUUUACGAGAAGCUGCGUUGCGCUUACAGAUUUUUGGCUCCAUACACCUUAAUGCCUUUUUAAGGGAAUACAUGUCUCUUAUUUAGGCGAGUCUUCCUCAAAUGCAUUCUUUGCACAUUUAACCUCGUCAGGUACUGCAAUAAUUCAGGCACAUUCCAUCCUCCAGGGAACAGAGCAAAGAAGUCGACAGAUGUAAAAGAAAACAAAAAAAACGUCCAUGUAAACGGAACACAAGGGAUACUGCUGUUAGACAUUUCAGCAUGGUUUCCUGUUGUUAAUUCAACAUGUACAGUACUGUAUCACAUGCUAUUGCAUGGCAGUUCUUAUAGAUUAGCCACCAUGUGUCCAAAGGGGCCAUUAUCUUUUGAGUUUAGUUUUCUUUGACCAAAAACUUUGUAGUUGAAUCUUGAAUUCUCUGGACCAGUACAUUAGGGUUUAUUGCAGGGUCUAAUGCAAUCAUGAAUGGCUUUAAAUGAUAGCAGCUGUCUUUUUCCAUACCAUAUAUCCUUGAAACACAUGUAGUCAGAACCUUGUGUAGCAGUCGUGCUAAUCUGGCUUUGUGUGCACUAUCCACUCCUUGUUGUGUAUUUUUAUUUCAGUUUAUUUGCACUAUGAGAUUUGAGAGCUUUGAGCCUUUUUUGUUUGACCGUCAUUAUCUAAUCCAUUAACUCACCUGAUUAAGAUUGUGAUUGAAACAGUAAAUCUUCUUUAAAACCCUCACAUUUUGAAUAUUAUUCCACCUGCAUAAUAAUACAGAGUUCUAGUCACUAUAAUGUAUAUUGGGAUGAAGUUGCCUUAGUUUUUUUUUUGUGCUUCAACUAUUCUCAGGAAACCUUGAGCAAUGCACUAAGUGAUUUUAGAAAAUAUAUAAAUGGGAAGAAAACGUCUGGUGCUGUAGGACAAUCAACACCCUUCAUGUUAGCAUAAGGCCAGGAACCUCAAAAUAGGAUAUUUUGUAUUGUUUGACGUUUGAAAAUCAAAUGAUUUAAACCAUUUGUGAGACAAAAAAAAGGUGGAUAAUUGCUGAAGCGCUAUUGGCCUUCCAAUAACCAGUCCUACUGGAAUGACAGAAUGGCAGUUGGGCUUGUUCCUGAAGGGUGUUGUUUUCCCCAGUCGUAGCUUUGUGAAGGAAUGAGGUUCAUCUGAUGCCAGCUGUGAAGUGUGUGUUUCUAUGUGAGCUCUUAUUCUUUUGGCUUUGGUGAAGGGACAUGGGGUCCAGUCUGACCAGGGACCCCGCUAUCAGGGAUACAUUUUUUUUCUUUCAGUUUUUAGUAAAAACCUUCUCAGUGAUAUGAAUCAUUUCCCCAUCAUUUGUUUCAGUUAAUGCAAAGAAAAUAAAUAAAGACCUCUAUGCUUGCUA